GUAAACGCGGCCUUCGCUUUCUAGUAGCAGGCUACUAUAUAAACUGGCCAGUUCGAUCAACUAAACAUCAAAUCAAGCUCACAGCUCUAAGUAGUCACAACUACCAAACAAAAAACCAAUCAACAUGAAAUUCUUCGCCGUCUGCUUCUUCGCUGUUGUGGCUGUGGCUGCUGCUAAGCCAGGAAUCGUGGCUCCUCUGGCCGCCGCUCCUCUGGCUUAUACCGCUCCGGCUGUGGUGGGCAGUGCCGCCUACGUGGCUCCCUACGCCUCCAGCUACACCGCCAACACUGUAGCCCACAGCGCUGCUUUCCCCGCCGCCUACACCGCUCCAAUUGCUGCUGCCUACACCGCUCCCAUCGCCGCGCCCGUUGCUGCCGCUUACACCGCUCCGGUUGCCGCUGCUUACGCCGCCCCUGCUGCCUACACCGCUGCCUAUACCGCUCCCGUGGCUGCAGCCUACACUGCCCCCAUUGCCCGUUAUGCCGCCGCCACCCCCUUCGCUGCUCCCAUCGCCGCCCCAGUAGCAGCCGCCUACACCGCCCCUAUCGCCGCAGCCGCUGCCCCCGUCCUCCUCAGGAAGUAAGCAGUCCGUCUACGAAUCCCAUCUUGACCGAUUUGUGUAAAUAAAGAAAUGUAUAUACCACGAA